ACUCCUCAAAUGAACAGAAAGCAGUUAUCUGUGUUACUACAUAUAUUAAGACAGACUACUAACAGUGUUGAAGCAGAGUAUAGUGACAAUCUGUUGAUAUUUCUCGUGUAUUAGCAAGGUUGGGAGAAGAAGACUCAGAGGUGCCAGUGUUUUCCAUUUCCAUUGGCUGCAAAGGUAAGAUGAAGGCCAUUAAGUGAAAAUGUCUUUGAGGGGCUGUCAGGGGCCUCCUAAACUGGAGCGCCUGGAGAAGGUCAUGAGCCAGUUCUCUGGCAGCCUGGACCAGGAUGACCUGCAGGAUGAUCCACAGGAGCUGGACCUUUGUGGCGAUAAACUGAUGGAAGCAAGGGACAUCUCCUUUCAAGCAAUAUACAACUUUCUCCCAUUCAAGUCCCUGGAUUGUGUUAUAUUUCUUGAAGAAGUGCCAAUCCUGGUGCAAGUGACAGAGGUUGAGCGAUUCACAUCUACAAGGGUGCUGAAUCCCAACUUGUACACUAUAGAGUUGAGCCACAGAGGCUUCAAAUGGAAAGUCAAACGCCGUUUCAAGCACUUUCUGGCACUUAAUCAGGAGCUGCUCAAAUUCAAGGCCCUCUUAAAAAUUCCUCUGCCAAGUCAAAUUCACUCAGUCAAAAGGAAGUCAUUCAAAGGCCGCAAAAGGUUUAAUGGAGGACACCUACCUUCAUUACCACGAAGACCUGAUGCCCUGGUCAAGGAGGAACAGCUCACCAGCAGAAAAAUGCAACUUGAGGACUAUCUGAGGAAUAUAUUGAAAAGGCCUUUGUAUAGGAUACAUCCUGCAACACUUGAAUUCCUGGAAGUGAGUCAAAUCUCAUUUAUUCAGGAUCUGGGACCAAAAGGAUUGGAAGGUCUGAUCUUAAAGAAAUCCGGAGGAAACACAUUCCCUGUAUGUUACUGGUGUGGAUCCAACAGUGUCUGUUACCGUUGGUCCAAAAGAUGGCUGGUGGUAAAAGACUCCUUUGUACUCUACAUGAGGCCGAAGGAUGGCCAAGUAGGUACCGUGAUUCUAUAUGAUAAGGGAUUUCACAUCAAAAUAGGGACCGGAGAGGCUGGAGUGAGGCAUGGAGUCACGAUUGAGAAUCUUUGCAGGGCACUUACUAUCAAGUGCUCCACAUAUAGGCAGGCUCGUUGGUGGGGGCACUCCAUCGAUGAAUUUUCUCAAAUGUUUGGACAGGACUUUCUGAGAGAAAACCGCCAUGGGUCUUUCACACCGGUUAGAGAAAAAACUACAUCAAAAUGGUUUGUCAAUGCAGCUGGAUACUUUGAUGCCAUUGCUGAUGCUCUAGAAGGAGCAAAGGAGGAAAUCUUUAUCACAGCCUGGUGGUUAAGCCCAGAAGUCUUCCUCAAACGACCAGUAGUGAAUGGGAACAUGUGGAGAUUAGACCAUGUCCUCAAGCGGAAAGCACAACAAGGAGUGAAGAUCUUUGUCCUACUCUACAAAGAAGUUGAGGUGGUGAUGGGUCUCAACAGUGAGUACACCAAGAAGACACUGAUGGGACUUCACUCAAACAUCAGGGUUAUCCGACACCCUGAUCACAUGCCCUCCACAGCGUUGCUCUGGGCUCACCAUGAGAAGUCAGUGGUGAUUGACCAGUCGCUGGCAUUCCUGGGAGGGAUUGACCUGGCCUAUGGAAGAUGGGAUGACUCUCAACACAGGCUGACUGAUGUGGGGAGUGUGAGAAGAAGCCCUCAGCACAGUCCUGCUCAGUCCCCCAGUCUCACUCAUCAGUCAGUUGGCACAGUGGAGGAGGAUGGGGUGAUGAAGUUUAGUGUGGUGGUUGAAGACAUUCAGAAUGGCUCAGUGGAGGAUCCAGGGGAGAAAUGUGGGAGCUUCACCCUUCCCAUUGUGGAGGAACAAAGAGAGACCAACCUGAGCCUCACACUCCCAACAGGAAGACUGCUAAGAACCCCCUCAGAGGAGAAAAGUCGGCAUAAUUCUGAUGGAACAGAGUCUAAAACCUGUUCCCUCAGAAGUUACAUAGGCAGUACUGAACUCUGUGGGGACACUCGAUUCUGGCAUGGCAAAGACUACUGCAACUUCAUCCUCAAAGACUGGGUCAAGCUUAACAAGCCGUUUGACGAUUUCAUUGACAGAUAUAAAACACCACGGAUGCCCUGGCAUGAUACUGGUAUUUUGGUUCAUGGGAAGGCUGCUAGAGAUAUUGCAAGACAUUUCAUACAGAGGUGGAACUUUACAAAGUUGGUGAAAAAGCGGUCGGGGGCGACAUGCUACCCCUGCCUCUUGCCCAAGUCUCUCUCCGCACCCAUGCUGCCAGCUGAGUAUGAAGGCAAAUCCACACAGGCUAACAUACAGGUUUUGAGGUCUGUGUGCCAGUGGUCUAUAGGCUCAAAGGUCCACGAGGAGUCAAUUCAUUUAGCCUACAUAUCAGCCAUCCAGAACAGCAAACAUUUUAUCUACAUAGAGAACCAGUUCUUCAUCAGUUGUGCUGACAAAACCAUUCACAACAGCAUUGGAGAUGCACUCACAAAGCGAAUCCUGCGAGCACACAGGGAGAAGAAGAAGUUUCGAGUCUAUGUAGUGAUGCCUCUUUUGCCUGGCUUUGAAGGUGACAUUUCGUCAGGGGGAGGCCAAGCCAUCAAAGCAAUCAUGUACUUUAAUUACAGGACAAUGUGCAGAGGGGAGCACUCAAUUAUAGAGAGGCUCAAAUGUGUGAUGGCAGAUUGCUGGAUCAAAUAUAUCUCAUUCUGCGGUCUUCGCACUCAUGCUGACCUGGAUGGCCGCCUGGUCACUGAACUAAUUUACGUGCACAGCAAGCUCAUGAUCGUGGAUGACUGCACUGUCAUCACUGGCUCUGCAAAUAUCAAUGACAGGAGCAUGCUGGGAAAGAGAGACAGUGAAAUGGCUGUGGUUGUUGAAGACACAGAAUUCCAGCCCUCUGUCAUGGAUGAAAAGAGUUAUCAGGCUGGCAGGUUUGCGCUGUCACUACGGGAAGAAUGCUUCAGGCUCGUUCUUGGCUUGCUGGGAGAUAACAGUAUAGACAUCAGUGAUCCCAUCAGUGACAGAUUCUACAAGGAAAUCUGGAUGGUAACUGCAGCCAAGAAUGCCAGUGUGUAUGACAAGGUCUUCAGAUGUUUACCUACUGAUGCAGUCCUGAACUAUAGGAUUCUGAGGGACUACAUGUCACGCCCUUGUAUGGCAGCCGAGGACCCUGCACAGGCCUGUGCUGAACUGAAGAAGAUACAAGGCUUCCUGGUCCAGUUUCCCUUAUACUUCCUGUCUGAGGAGAAUCUCUUCCCUUCCUUCAACUCUAAAGAGGGAAUCAUGCCCAUCGAGCUAUGGACAUAGGACUUUUUGAACAAGUAAUGGAUGUCUCCUCUGUCAUCCAAGUCAUUUAAUGAUGCUCUAUGUGCCCUCAGUAGAAUGCACAUUUCUGUAGAGGAAAACUUAGCAUUGCAACGAAAAUAAAAAACUGCCUCUGAGCUAUCUAUGGAAUCUGCCUUUAAAUGUUGAUGUAAAUUCUCAGAUAGCUCAGUGUGCCUAAAUAUUUUGUUCAAAUCCUUCAUUCAUCUUCUGUAUUUUUGUCCAAUGUUUUUACUUCAUUGUCCCUGUACAAGGUUUUAACUGACAUCUCUUAGUUAAAUUUGCAUGGAAACUGCAGCAGUUGUAAAAAAUUAACCAUGUUCUUCCAGUAAAUAUGGCUUUAUACUGUUUGUUCAUAGUUAUUUUAAUUUGUUCCUGGUAAUUAUUAUAGAUAACAACAAAUUAUACAAACUCUUCAGGUAAUAUCACUGAGACUUUUAAUUUAAAAGCACACAAUAUAUAUAAAUUGCUGCAAUUUUCAUUUACAAAAUAUAUUAAUUAAAUUAUUUCAAUACAUUAUUUCAAUAUACUGUAUUAUUUUAAUACAUUUUUAUAACUAACAUCUUUAUUAUAAUACUUCAUGUUUUGUAGAAAUCACAGUCACUUAAACAUAUAAUACGGUUACAUUCAAUAUCUUGUCAAAAUAUCUGCAAGUGUUUGUAUGUUAUACAUUUGAAGCCCACCUUAUCACAACACAAGAUAAUUUUGGACUUGACAAACAAACAUUAUAACACAUCCACGUGAUGUAAGACAGUUAUGAUGGCCAAACAAGAGACACUGAUACAAAGACAAACAAAGAGAACUGUAUGGCUUUAGUUAACCAUUAUAUCCAUUAUAUUAACAUUAUAUCUUGAUUGCAGAUUAUUAAUCUCUCAUAUUACAAUAAACUUCCUGAGGACACAUAAUAGCUGCAUCUUUCAUCAUUACUGUAAUAUGUGACUUCUCACUGACAAAAAAAUUGUCACUGAAAAAUGUCAACACAGUAGAGUAAGCUCAUGACUGAAACAAGUAUUAGUGAGUAUUUUCGUGAGUGUGCAAAGCGCAGUGCUACGUACAAAGACCGUGCGCUAAAUGUUAUCAGAUUGAGAGCGCUUAUUCUAAGUGUAAUGUUCGUGCCAGCGCAAAGCGCAAGUGGGCAUGGGUGGGAGUGUUUACUCUACCUGCGGGUGUAUGUGCGCAAACUGUGUAUUGUAUUGGUAACGAAGUGGCGCAAAGCGCAAUGUGCUAUUUUCCUGAGAAAUAGGUCAUUGUGUUAAGACUUUUCAAAACCGUUUUUCUUUUUGCCAUUUGGAGAUUCCACAUUCCAUGUAAUAAAGUUUGUGUCCAAACUCUGAUAAUAUAGCGGAACAAUAAAUUAUGCCCAUGACGAUCACUGUUGUAGCCAUUUAUGUGAUUUGUGUUUAACUAUCUAUAUGUCGUGGUUUAUUUUUCCAUUAUUAUAAUUUUUUUAUGUUUAUAUUUACAAUUGUAUUUAUUAUCUAAUUUGUAUUGUUAUUUUUCCACCUGUUGUCAAAGAUUGAUUUUUAAGUUACUGGAAAUGUGGCUGGUGGAAGAAGUUUGAGAGUGUAAAAGGUUUGGAUUUGGUAUGAUUUUUUUUUACCUUUUUGUUAUUUUAAUUAUAUUUCAUUUAUUUUGAAGUGUAAUUUGAAUUUAGAAAUAUUUCUGGUUUAAUUUUUUCAUGUUUCAAUAAAAGUCCAAAUUGACCGGUAGAAGUGAAGUGUGUUCCAAUACCAUCACUAUUAACUUUGAACAUGUCAUUUUGCCAAAACCACUUGCACCUGGAUGAGCGCAUACUUAGCGCAAAGAAACCUGGAAUUAGCGCAUGCUUGGACGAAAAUACCAAACCUUCGUGUCUAUGCCCACUGACUUUGCGCUUAUGGCAUAGCGCUGCGCUUCGCACUAGUGCUCAAAAUUGGGGCCAUCAUGUUUUUAAAUAGGCUGUCAAAGAUCUUGAAUGGUUGCAGGUGGGGCUUCAAGCAGCAAAUAAUCACUUACUUGGAGCUAAUACAAAAGAUCAUGGCUUAAACCAUCUAGGAAGCAAAUUCAAAAGAUACUGCUGAAUAAUCUUUUCUUAAGAAGUACAAUCUGAAUAGCCAGGAGCUGCUCUGUCUGCAUACAUUGUGUGCGUGUGUGUGUGUGUGCAU